AUGGUAAAUCAUCACAUGUUCAAGUCUUGCCGUGAUACAGGGUUGGCUGCUGACGGCAACAGGCUGCAGUGUGUUGCCAUCCCCAUCCUCUCUUAUGAAGACUGUAAUAACUCCUACCCCGGCAUGAUCGACAACACCAUGUUUUGUGCCGGAUACCUGGAGGGAGGCAAGGACUCCUGUCAGGGAGACUCUGGUGGUCCUGUGGUGUGUGACGGUGACCUGCAGGUUGUUGUGUCCUGGGGCUACGGGUGUGCAGAGAAGGACCACCCUGGUGUCCACUCCAAGGUGUGUGUGCAGACUGAGUGGCUGCACAACACAAUGGCUACCUAUUAA